AUGAAGAAUGAAACAUGGAUUUUAGUUCCUAGACCAUUGAAUAAGCAUGUAAUUGGAACUAAAUGGGUAUUCAAAUUGAAAUUAAAUUCUGAUGGCUCUAUCAAUAAGCACAAAGCAAGAUAUGUUGUUAAAGGCUACGCUCAACAGCAAGGAGUUGAUUUUACAGAAACCUUUGCACCAGUUGCAAGAUUUGACACUAUCAGAUUGAUUUUGUCACUAACAGCAAGUGAAGGUUGGCAAGUCUUUCAAUUGGAUGUGAAAUCCGCUUUCUUAAAUGGUUCUUUGAAGGAAAAAGUGUAUAUUGAGCAGCUUGAAGGUUUUAAUGAUGGAAGGAUUGAAAUUGCUCAAGAUGAGCAAGUGAUUUUUAUUUCACAAAAGAAAUUUGCUUGGGAGCUGCUUAAAAGGUUUGAACUUAGCAAAUGCAAACCAGUGAGUACACCUAUAGCCCAUGGAAUAAAAUUGCAAAAGGAUGAUGGUUCUCACUCUAUAGAUGCUUCAACUUAUAGGAGCAUGACAGUGAUUGGGCUGGUUCAUUGGACCGAUAUGAAGAGCACUACUGGUUUGUUUUUCAGCUUGGUUCUGCUGUCAUUUGCUGGGGAACAAGAAAAGCAGCUUUCAGUUGCUCAAAUCAACUGCGAAGCAGAGUAUGUUGCCAGCAUCUGCUGCUGUAAACCAAGCUAUAUGGUUGAGAAGGUCCGCAAAAACACCUAUGAGUACAUUGUGGAGAAUGCCAAUAAGAGGCUAUCCUCUUGGACAACGACUCAUCUUUCUAUGAAAGAGUUACCCUUGCACAGUUGCAAGCGGGGUACCAAUCCUCAGACAUCAAUCGCAACAGUGCUUCGCCCCCAAUGGAGAGGGAUCCCUGAUAUGUGGGGUUCCCUAGUGGACUAUAUUGUUUGGACUAUAGGCAAUGGCAGGACUACUCAAUUUUGGACAGACAGAUGGCUACUUCAUGGGGUGAUUUUAAAGGACCAUGCUACUACUGCCAUCCCUCAUAAGAUGCUAGAAAAUCCUAUUGCUGUUUACGUGUCGAAUGAUGGCUCGUGGAAUUGGUUGAGAUUCGCUAGUUUCAUUCCCUCUUCCAUUGUGACAUGCAUGGUGGCUGUUAUUCCCCCAAACAAAACCAAUAAGCCUGACUCUAUGCACUAG